ACUUGCCUCAGCUGAGGAUCUCCUCAAUUCUGGACCAAGUGACUAGAUUCGGAACCGAGACAGGUCCUAAACUCGAACACAACAAGAAUAAAUUUAGAGUCGAUACUGAUGCAUUGAAGAACAACUUGUUAUGA